AUGAUUUCCCACCAAGAGUCGGAACGGCAUGUUACGGAAACCGCUCAGCGAUUCUCGUCGCCGCUUCAAGCUCUAAUGGCCUCUAUUCACAGAACGCCGCAGAAGUGUCACUCUGGGAAAAUGCCACAUUGUUGCCGGUCGCCACUAAAGGCUUAUCCACCACGCACGAACUCCGUAAAAAGGAUUGAAGGAUUACUAGUUGCCCGGAGGCCUUUCCAGUUUCACCAUGACAGGCGAGCAAAGGCUCAGCCAGGUGGGAUGGGAUUUGCUAACAACUGCCCGGGUACCUCUGAAGGAGACCUGACAACUUGA